AUGCGUUUCACCCACCUCGUCGCCCUCCUCCCCAUCGCCCUCGCCAGCGCGGCGGAGAACACCAUCGUCAAGCGCUCCAACCUCGGCACCCUCAUGGCCCUCUGCGACGCCGAUAUCCCCCGCGGCACCCUCUGGAUCUCCGAGGAGAAGGCCUACACCUGCGCCACCAUCACCGACACCGACGUCGUCGCCACCGCCGGCGAGUACUGCAUCUCCGCCGCCACCACCUCCCUCGACGGCGACAAGGACCUGUGCGCGUCGCACCAGGACUGCGGCGACGGCGGCUUCUGCGUCGAGCUGACGACCUGGAAGCGCGUCUGCUGGAGGCUAACGUGGGACAGGCGGUGCGCGACUGUCGGCCAGUAA